AUUCGACAGAAGAAUCUAACAUCCUCACUAACUACCCCCGGUAGGCGAGAUAUAUCCGACUUUUGAACAUAAUACUACAGACGAAUAUCCUGCAAAUACUGGGUUAAUUGAGUGGUUUUUCUACGCUCCUUCGCCUAUCAUGGCUGCAGCUAUAUCUACCAUCGCGGAAAGCAAGGAAGUCAGAGGUUUCAACUUGGUUGCAGCACACUCCCAUAUUAGAGGCCUUGGCGUUGACGCAGACACGCUCGAGCCCCGACAUUCCUCACAAGGCCUAGUGGGUCAAGAGAAGGCGCGGAAGGCGGCUGCAGUCAUUCUGCAGAUGGUAAAGGAUGGAAAGAUUGCAGGGCGCGCGGUGUUAAUCUCCGGCCCCCCUAGCACCGGAAAGACUGCAAUCGCUAUGGGUAUGGCACAAUCUCUCGGGCCAGAUGUCCCUUUUACCAUGGUUGCGUCGUCAGAGAUCUUCUCACUAGAAAUGUCAAAGACGGAAGCACUUACACAGGCAUUCCGCAAAUCUAUCGGCGUCAGAAUAAAGGAGGAAAGUGAGAUAAUAGAGGGCGAAGUUGUUGAAAUCCAGAUCGAUCGGACUUUGACUGGCGGCAACAAACAAGGCAAACUCACGAUAAAAACCACGGAUAUGGAGACUAUCUACGAUAUGGGCACAAAAAUGAUCGAUUCCAUGACAAAGGAGCGUGUUGUGGCUGGGGAUGUGAUUUCAAUUGAUAAAGCUUCUGGCAAGAUAACCAAACUUGGGCGCUCAUACGCCCGCUCUCGAGACUACGAUGCGAUGGGAGCGGAUACAAAGUUUGUCCAAUGCCCGGACGGAGAGUUGCAAGUCCGAAAGGAAAUAGUGCACACAGUCAGUCUCCAUGAGAUUGACGUCAUAAAUUCAAGAACGCAAGGCUUUUUAGCACUGUUUUCAGGAGACACUGGCGAAAUUCGUAGUGAAGUGAGAGAUCAAAUCAAUACAAAAGUUGGAGAAUGGAAAGAAGAAGGCAAGGCGGAAAUCAUACCCGGCGUGUUGUUCAUCGACGAAGUCCACAUGCUUGAUAUUGAGUGUUUUUCCUACAUCAACCGAGCGCUAGAAGCCGAGUUGGCACCCAUUGUGAUCAUGGCGAGCAAUCGUGGAAAUACAAGAAUACGCGGCACCUCGUAUAGGUCCCCUCAUGGGUUACCUCUGGACUUCCUCGACAGGGUCGUCAUCGUUAGCACUCAACCAUACACCAAGGAGGAUAUCCAGCAAAUAUUAGCUAUCCGUGCCCAAGAGGAAGAGAUUGAUCUGACCCCUGAUGCACUUGCCCUGUUGACGAAAAUUGGCCAGGAAUCUGGCUUGAGAUAUGCCAGCAACAUCAUCGCCACGUCUACCUUACUAAGUCAGAAGCGCAAAUCCAAAGAGGUCGGUCUGGAAGAUGUACAGCGAAGUUUUCAUCUUUUCCUUGACCCACUUCGAAGUGUCAAGUUUGUGAAUGAGUUUGAGAAGCGGCUUAUUGGUGAAGAAGGCAAUGUUACCUUCUCCUAUCCCAAUGGUGAUGCCAUGGAAAUUUCUUAAGGACUAGACUCUUAUAACGAUUUGUUCUCAUUGCGAUUUAUGGUUGACUUUGGGAUUGCGGGCUGCGAGAAGCAAAAAACUCCUUUGUAUAGUAAGGUGGCGCAGUGCAACCUACUUCCGAAAGGCGGGAUAAAAUCAUUCAGUUGUGGAUGCUAAGUCAUGCUGGGUAAAUUCAACUCCGAUUACUAUACACACAAGGCUUAUCUUGUCAAAUCGUUAAUAUAAUAGUACAAUUUUGAAAUGGAAUUGAUAUAAGCCAGGCUAUCAUGUGAAACUUGCGACAGAGCUCCAUUCUCCAGCCGUGUCAACUUUCCGAAAUUCAACACCUUCACCAAAGUAUCCUGCCGCAUACCAUGAUUCCAUCAUUGCCCCAUCAUAUGGACCAUGAGCCUCGCCUCCAUCGCGGGAAUCGGACCAGCGAUAUUCCCACAAUGGCGGAGCAUCCGUCACUAUUUUUGAUUCCGAAAUAGCGCCUUUUGCGAGCGUCUGGUCUCCCCAAUCCACCCCUGUUUCUCGCUUGUAUUGCCGCAACAAUAGCUCACGUUCCGCAUCGUAUAUUUCAGACUGACCACGACUGAGCAGGAUGUCUGCAGCUCCAGUAAUAUCUUCGAUCACACGCUUGCGGGCUGUUUCAUCUUGGUUGUCUUCGCCCAUUUCCUCAUCUUCCGUGCCGUUCUUGUUACUCCGCUGUCGGUUUUUAUUUUUAUUCCGCCACUUCGGCUUGUUUUUGACACUUUUCCCCAGUCUUGCGAGUGACUCUAGGAUAGUCUCUCCCCGCUCCAUAUUUUUGAUUAAGGUGUCCAAGAUAUCCGCUGUGCGGAUGCUGUCCUGCUGAAGCUGAAUCUUUCGUCGUUCCUCUUCCCUCUUCUCCGCAGCCUCCCUAGCUUUUCGCAUGUCUUUUCUCGAAACCCCUUCCAGCCAAGAAUCGUGAAUCGCGUCUGGAUCUGUGGCUUUGCGAACAAAGUUUCCGGCCUCGUCAAAGCGCCCUUCCUCCUGCUCCGCGCGCAUAUUGAAAGCAUCUAAUAGCGGAACGUGCGUCUUCUUUCCCCCAGCUCCAAGUUCUUUGUCCACAUCUGGACCGACCCUCGCUCUCUCUCGUUCGUCGACAUCGCUCUCACUAUCUUCUUCCUCGGCUCGCGCCACUUGUUUCCCUUUACCGCCGCCAUGUAGAUCCAGAGUAACCGUGCCUCCAGCACGAGAAUCAUAAACCUGUCCCUCAAUCUCAUCAUCCUGUAGAAACCGAACUUGCUUCUUUUUACCCGGAGGUGUAGCGUCGUCUGCGUCAUCAGCGGCAAAAUCGUCUUCCAACUCUGCGAACAUAUCAUCUGUGUCUCUGGGGGAAUUUUUCACAUUAGCUCUAGCUUUAGCUUCUAUGCGCGCAUCAAACCCCUCAUUUUCGCUGUCAGAAUCGUAGCCCUCGAUGUUGACUGCGUUUCGCCGCACUCGCCGUCCUCGAUGACCAAUUUCGUCAGCGUCCAGCACCGCGUCCUCCUCCAAGGCGUCUGGAGCUAAAGCGGAUGGAUUUCGGACAUCAAAUCGAACUCUUUUGGAUGAAGUAGGCCCGUUCGUAUCGGAAUCUGUGUCAUUAUGGUGUAUGCGAGCAAAGUCUUCUCCAGUGCGCUUUGGUCUACCAGGAAUCGAUGCUGCCAUUGCGGGCGUUGCCAGUCGAAUAACCAAUAGAAGUAGGAAUGAAGGUAAAAUUCGUGGCUCGGGGCGUCAAAAGACUAGGCCAGCCACGCUUUGUGGCCCAAUAUAAUGGAUAUUAUUCUAGACAUCUGACGAUAGGGACCUUCCCGUGCUUCCAAGUACAUACACGUUUCCAGACCUCUGUAAUGACGGGGGGUGGUGGCUGCCGGCCGGAAUAUCGUA